ACACGAGAAUUUUAUAUAUUAGAUAUUAUAGUAAGAACCACAGAGCUAGUUAUUUUUUUCUAAAGCUUUAACUGACCUCGCUUGGACAGUUAAUUGACACUGUCAAAUAAUUUUUUUACAACCACAGUUUCACUACCGUCAAAUGGUGCAACCCAUUUUUACCUAACCGGUACUUCAACUGAACAGUCAGGCGCGUUAUUAUCGGUCUAUAAUUUAUUUAUUGUUACAUACACAUGCUAGUUUAUAGAAGUGCCCUCCCAACAUACUAGCAAUGCAAUACAAUUAAGUUUUGCUACAAGUAAGAAAAUGGGAUUCAGAUUAUUACUAAUAAGAUACUUACAUUAACAUUAAAGUCAUAAAAUGCGUCAAAAUACAAAAAAAAAACAAUGGGUAUGUCAAUAAAUUACAAUAAGUCAAUUACACAGUUAAAUAGAUUAACAAUAAAUUUCACACACCAAAAUAAUUCAAUUCUAAUAGGUACUAAAUGUUUUCUAGCUUCAUUACAUAUAUAGUCAAUUUGAUCAGCAAAUAAGUCAAUAUGUGGACAUUGAGCGAGUGUGCUCCCAAUCAAAUUUAGCGUGCGAACGGUAGGCGCAUUUGCGGCAUGUAUAGUGCGCGUGAGAAGCUUCGUAGAAGCUGCGGACGGCGGCGCGUGGCCUCCGUCCCUGACCCAGUUUGGGGUAUUCGUGUGGGUAUCAGCAGAUCCACCUUAGAAACUACUUCAGAGUGCAUGGUGUCUUAUGGUGGAUGGCAAGAAUUAAAUGAGUAAGUACCAACAUCUUUCGUCUGUAAGAAAGUGUAUUUAACUCCACCAUACCUCCUACAAAAAGAGAGGGAUAUAAGUAAGGAUACCCAUAAAGCUGUUAAUAAAGCCAACGCCCAAAUUUUAGCUGAACCCGCUCAACCAUGACAGCAUAUUUCUCCUCGUGAAGGUCCCAGACUAAAGCUGCACAUUUUAGUUUGCUGCGAACGUAGGCGUUGUACAACAUUUUAGUCUCAGCGAUGUCGUCAUAUACAGAGGAUGUUUGCAUGAUGAAAACCAAAAUUUUGUUCGCCUGCUUACACGUUUCCGUCACAUGUUUAUGAAAGUCAAGCUUACUGUCCAAAAUCACUCCCAUAUCACGAAUAUCAGUGACUAUCUAUGAUGGUAUCUGAUAGUUUAUAGUUGCUAAUAUUUUACAACGUUUCCGAGUGUGAGUGAUAACUUUGCACUUGCAGUUAUUAAAAGGCCAAGGUUUGCCUGGCUCCACUCGAAUACAACAUCAAUAUCUGCCUGAAGUGCAGCUAUGUUAGUGCUAUCUCGUACUCUUAGAAAAAGUUUGAGAUCAUCGGCAAAGAGAAGACACUGAGCAGCUCGAGUAGUAUCAAAAAUAGAGUCGGCCCUGAGGUAGUUCCUUGACUGAUCUCGUAUAGUACUCGGCCGAUUUCCAGCCCUGCACUUUAACAAACUAGCGUCUAUUUUUAAGAUAGUUAGCAUAAAAUUGAGGAGUUUCGGUGUAAAACCGAAUAACGCCAAUUUUCGCAACAGUAUGUCGUUGUCAACUAGGUCGAAAGCUUUUCUAAAGUCAAAAUAUGCAACGUCGACCUGGUACCCAGCAUCAAGCUCUGCCGUUGCAUAAUCCGUCAGACCAAUAACAUCGGUAGUUGUCGAUCGAGUUCUACGAAUUCCACGCUGGGAGUUUAGUAAACUUUCGACUUUGUUGGGUAAUGUCUUCUUGCGUUAAGAAUUGACUAGGAAAUUUUGGUAAAUACUGACAUAAUCGCGAUAGGUCUGUAUUGUCUGACAUCACUUUUAGCAUCACCCUUCGGCACUGGCGUUAUACGUGACACUUUCCAGGCAAAUGGGUAUUCCGAAGAACUAAGACUAAGAUUAAAAAUGUAUAGAAAAGGCGUCUGAAAAACUGACACGCAAUCCUUUGCCACGAAAACUGGCACACACAGUUUUGAACAGUUUUGGACAGCAGUUUUGAUGUCAGCACUGCUCACAUUUAAAAUGGAUAUAUGUCUGGAAUCGAUCUGUGAAUAGGCAGCUGUAGCGGCAUCAAUUGGAUCCCGGCAGGGGAGAUCUGACUGGAACACUGAGCUGAAGUAUUGUCGCAAAAGCGUCAGCCGCAGCUUUCCCAGACACUUCUUUUCCGUCAUAUGUAAAGUCAGUAAAGUCACGUCUAUCUAGUUCCUCGUUGUACUCCUUCCCCUCAGACUUAAACUUUUUAUGGUGAUAAUUUUUAUAUUUCAAAUUACGUAUAAAUUCAACAGAAUACCAUUUUGGGUACAUGUAUCGCGAAUAACAUUGGUCACGCCUUUUCACAGCUACAAAACGAUUAAAGCACUCGUAAAUUUUCAAAUAAAAUAAUAUCUCGACAGCUCCAUCAACAUGUCGAAUUUCUAAUACAACAAUCAAUCUCAGCUAGAGCUGCGUACAACAUUUGGUAGUCAGCCUUAGGCCAGUUCCAAUACGGGAGAGUACCCUGCCGUUGUUGGUGAGCCUGAGGGACUGAUGGGGAUGGAGGCAUCGAUCUCCGCGGCAAUUUCAAAGUUAUCUCAAGGGUAGGAUGGUAUGAGUUAAUCGGUACUAAUGGGCUGAAGCAAUAACGCAUCCUAUAUUAUCGACCGAUAAUAACACGCCCAAAUUAAAGUUAGUUGGUGCAACUCACCCUUAAUGUAAAAAUUUGGCGCUUGUUCAAAUAUGUAAAAGAAAACUUCCUAAUCUUUUCAUUGGCAGCUAAUGAUUGUUUGCGAAUGCUCCCGUUGACCUCGUCCAUUACGAACGCUCGUUCGCCCUUUCUCGAAAUGCAUGUUUGACGUGAAAGCGCCGUCAGCGAGCGUUCGAUCAGUUUUUUGUUUAUAUUUGUAUGGGGUGUGUGUUUCUCUAGCGAUGAACUUGUUUAUAUUAUAUUGCUUUACGACUGUUUGUAGGUUGUAGGUGCUGGUAUUAUGAGUUGUUUUUACUCACUGGAGAUGUAGAAUCGAGUUUUAUUCAUAAGAUGGAAAAUUGAUGGAAUAUGGAGAAUGACGUAUAAAGUUUAUUAGGUAUGUAUGUAUGUGCUUGCGUUAUAUUUUUUUGGAAGAGCUAUCUAUAAUACUUUUGGGUAGUGUUCUAAAAACUUUUAAGGUAUAAGCACAUUCAGACUGCAUUUUUAGUUUAAUCAACUUUUCGAGACGCCCGUUACCCGAUGGAUUUUCGAAAAAUCAAAGGUAACGAUUUUUUCCGUUAAUCAAUGCCACAUUUAUCCAUUAGUCCUAUUAACUGUAUAAGUUGUAGAAUUUUUCGCUAAUGUCAAUACCCGAAUGUUGAGUAAAUUAAUAGACAGAAGACGAUAUGGAGCUUUAAUUAAAUACUUAUGUCUGAAGAAACAAUGUGUUAUAGAAUAUUAAUAACGCAUCAUUGUUCCUCCGUAACGCAAAACUGCCCAGCAUAAGCACGCAGUGUAGUGCUUUGUAUUAGUUAGCGUUGUGAAAAAUAUGCUACUAACUAUAACGUCAUCUACGCAAACAGUCGGCCGAUGCAAUAUUCGCUGCACAUAGGCUCGCGAUUGUGUAACGCUCACAAACGGUUUUUUUUGAGCCCGCAAAGUCUCACUCAUCGCCGCUCGAGUGCGGAGCGAGCAACAGUCGGCUGAAAGGCGCUCAGUUGAAUAGCAGCGGCCCAACCCUCGCCGCUAUUUGCAGAAUAAAGCAGGCUUGAUGCGCACGCCGGGAAAGCGCGGGAGGGAAAACGCGCGAACCGUCAGUCUCGGCCCGCGAGUGCGUCCGGCCACGCGCGACGCAGCACCGCGACGCUUGCGCCCUGGCGCUCGCCGCCACGCGCCGCGCUCGCGACGUCACGUUUUCCGAAUCGACCGACGAUAGCACUUCCACCGUGUCAGAGUUUCAGUGUCAAAAGGUGCGCGUCCGCGAAUUCUACAUCGCGAUGCAGCGUUGCCCCUACAUCCACGAGAUGAAGGAGCGACUGCUAGGCGCGCCCGUCGAUGGUGUAGAUCCCCGUGUCGUUGCCGACAAGUCGCGCGACGUGCGCGAGGUAUUGUCGCACGACGUGCGCGACCAUCGCGAUCACGACAACCAGGUCGGCACCAUCGUCAAACUGAAUUCCGACGGGUACGGGUCGCACACGUCGCCGGCGCGCGCGCCUCUCGUCGUCGACGAGUGCGAUGCGCCGGCCGACGAGACCGACGCCCUGAGUCCUACAGACGCGAUACUCCGGUAUCGGACCUGUUGCCAGCCCAAUACUACCCCAAAAAAUGCCAAAACGUCGCUGUUCAUCAUAUCCAGCUUCAUUUACGCCAAACUUUUGGUGGUGGUGUGCAUUGCUUACGUCAUCAGUGAUGUGAUCACACACAACUUACCCCUGUACUACUACGAAGGCUUCUUCACGUACCUGUAUGGCAUGAGCAUAUUGUUCUUGUUAUACGUCUUCUGCUUUCUGCUUCAAGAGAGUGCGUGCUGCAGCGGCAGCCCACCAAAGCCGAAACCGCCGCCGAAAGAAAAGAAGCCUAAGAAGGAAAAGGAAAAGAAAACCAAAGAUAAAGAAUCAAAGGAAGGUAAAGAUGGCAAGGAAGGAAAGGACAACAAGAAGGAUGCCAAGAAGGAUGGCAAGAAAAAGGACAAGGACAAAGAAAAGGACGCACCGAAAGAAAAACCAACCAAAGAAUCCAAAAAACAGAGUCAGUUUCAGCAACAACAAGAUGUGGUGGAGUUGGAAGCAGGCCCAGUUGCAAGACCUGUUAGGCGACGCAAAACUUCACAGAAUGACCACAGUCAUGGCAGUUUCUUCUUGAGAAUUGGUGCAAUUGCAUUUGGGCUUGGUACAAUGAUCUACAACGGUUUGGAGUUUGGAACUUUCUUUGAGCUUCCAUUAGAAUCACCUUGUUAUCUCAUCUUGAAAGGCAUCAAUCCUGUAUUACAGAUGGUAUUUACAUUUAUGCAAAUGUAUUUUAUCUUCAUGAAUUCACGGCUGAACAUUCAUCGAUUCAAAGUAAUCGCCAGAUUUGGUUUGAUGCACGUGGUUGCUACUAAUAUCUGCGUAUGGAUUAGAACGUUAGUACUAGAAUCGUUAAAGGAAAUUACUGAUUACCACGUAAAGAAUCCUCUUGGUCUUCCUGGCGAAGGCGCACUCGGAAAGGUCAUUCGUAAACAUACUCUGAGGCAUUCUGGUAAAGUUUUCGGAGCUGCUACUACCGUAGCGACUACUGUCGCUUCCACAGUACUAACUACUGCCAAAAAUGCCGGCGAACAAAUUCUGAAUGUCGUAACUUCAAGCACAACUGAACCCACAACGACUGCUAGCACAACGACUACUCCUUCACCAUAUUAUAACAUGGGCGGUUUUGCCCCUAAAUCAAAACUAAUCGAAACCUUAAAAAGCACUGUAGGUUACGAUAACGGCAUGGGUUUUGUUCGGGAGUCCAAAGAUGCGUGGCCGAACGAUAAUCCUUUUACUACCUCCACAAUUUCACCACUAACCACGGAGGCAGAAAAAGUUACUCCAACUCAGACAGCCAUGUUGGAGAUAUUCCAGUGGCUCUCUACGACUUUCAAACCGAUCUUAAGCACCAUGUCAACUACAACAUCUGGAUCUUACAUUACUGAUAGAGAUGAAUGGGCGAAUAGUGUUGAAACUUAUCGCGUAGAUGAACCUCCUCACUUGCCAGCUAACAAUUCAACAGAAAUUUUCGAGUCCUUCGAUAACCUGAACCCGGCUGCAUUGAUUGCCAAUAUUGAUAAUACCACUGUGUGUGGCCGAAAUCCAAUUAUGGGUACCAUCGUAUCUGACUCAGCACCUUAUUUAUAUCCAUUCAUUAUCGAGUAUUCUCUCAUUGGUGCCGCAGUUAUCUACGUUAUGUGGAAGCACAUCGGUCGCUAUCCUAGUGUUGCCAACGAUGAAGAUCUGGAAAGACGUUUGGAGGCUGUUCUCUCCCGCAGGGCUGCAGCAUUAGCGGCUGCUCAACGAGGCAAUAGAGUUGACUGUGCCGGCGCUUCCAAAGGACUGUUUUGUGGACUCCUACUACUGGUGGCUUCACUGAUCUGCUUGAUCCUCUUCUUCGUUCUGAUAAGACACCAAGAGCUGAAACGCCUCUCGAUUUACCUGGCAGACGUGUCUCAUUGUGCUCUGAUGGUGCUAUCGAUUUUCGCGAUCCUAAUUGGUUUCAUACGUGGUCGUAAAUUAAAAUGGAGCUCUAGCCCUCCCUCCUGUACCGAGCCUCUUCGCAGGGUGCAAUCACUGAAGUUCCGUUCUGAAGAGCAAUCGGAUCUGAACGACAUCUUGCUUCGUGUAUCUGCGUUUGGAUUGUUCGUGUACGCUGUGUUCAGCGUCAUCGCUGGAGGAAUGGGCGCGUUUACUCAUGAGCCAAACUUGCUCGUCAUGAUUACUGGAUGCUUGAGCGUCUUUCAGGUGAUACUGCAGCUGCUAUUCAUAGCAGACGUUUCUCGACGCCGCGUGCAUCUUCCGGAACAGGAACGUAGCAAGCCCGCCCGCCAGGCCGUCACCUUCCUGCUCAUCUGCAACGUCACCAUGUGGCUCAUCUACACCUUCGAGGUGCAGAAGGUUCUGGCCAAUCCCGUACAACUGGACUUCUACGGAUUCGUCGCUUGGUCUCUCGUCCAGCGUUUCACUCUCCCACUUUGCAUUUUCCAUCGCUUCCACUCUGCUGUCACUCUAGCUGAAAUCUGGAAGACAACCUACAAAGCGCGCCUGGAGUGAACGCUCAAUGGGAAUUACAGAAUCACGAAUCCCACCGUCAACUUCGACUUCGUCCUUUGUUGACCAAUGAGGAGCACUACCAAUUUCGUCCUAAAACGGGACAGCAAUACUGUAGUUAGAAAUUAAAAAGUUGCUAGUAACGAAUCAUCUCGCUGUUCCAGUGUUAGAGUAGGCUCGUGUGACGAAUUUAGCGAUGUAAAAAACAAUUUUAGAACAUAACAUUUCGCUAUCCCCGAAGUAACACAAGUGACGAUAUACCUAACUGGAUCAAUCCCGCAGAUCAUCAUUAUGUUGGUUAUAAUUUUUCUCUGAUGUUUUUUCAUACUAUUGUUUCUUUUCACAUUCCAUAUAAUACUUUUACUGUUUCGUAUAAUCUAGGUUUCUUGGAAGACUGACAAAUGGAGACUAACGUGACCAAACAUACAUAUUUUUUCAUCUACUUUUCUUUAAUAUUUAUACGUAAACAGAAUUGCUCAUAUUUCGGAUUUCUAUACUUAUGUACUUUAUAUUUAUUAUAAUGAGAGAAUUUUAAAACGAUUUUCGAAACAAGAUAAUAGAAAAUAAUACCCAGUUGUGAAAGGUUCCCUCCUCUGUUAGAAUAUUUAUGUGCCAUGGUUUUAGGGUUAAGGCUUAAUUAAAAUUUGACAAUAUUUUACAUUUAUUUGGACUAUAAUUGAAAGGAGGAGAGGAAAAGAGCGCAUUAUUUUAUAUCAUUAAGUAAUAUCAGAAAUUAUAUUACUUUAAAAUGGAUAUAGAUUUGACGAAUCUGUUUUGUAAGUGAAUCAGGGCGUAUUAGAAGUUUAUUUGUUUGCAUUGAUAAAUGUUUAAUAUAUAUCGUUCGGGAGUGAAUAGAUUUUGCGUAUCUAUUUAAAAGUCGUAAACAUAUUUUUAGACUAAUAAAUGAUAAAGUUAAUGCUAUAUUUAAAGUUUCAGAAGAUUUAUUAGCCAACAUUUUGAGAUAAGCAGUAGAGAUAACGAAUAAGUUUAAAUAAUAUACUAAUCUUAAGAACGUAGAAUUUAUCGUGUCAGAGAAUACAUUUUGAUUAAAUGUACUUAAAUUAUAAAUCAUGAAAGAUAAAAUGUUGAUGCUUGGCUACAGGAAAAUGCUUAUUAAACGAGGACGAUAAUUGGGUAUUUCUGUUGAAUACAUUUCAUUGCAAGGGGGCCAUAAUGAUAUUAUAAUUUUUUGAACAUUGCACAUUUGAUAUUUUUUUUAAGUAAUUCGAGAGAUAUUAUAGGAUAAACUUACUACUCUACAUUACAUCGCAUCGUAGUGAUGUAAACUGUUAAGUAUUUACUUAUGCCAUAAGAAUAUUGGAAGUAGUUCAUAUUCUAGAUCAUUUUGUAUGGUCAUGGUCGAGAUUUUGCUUAGAAUAAUAAUAUAUCUAACACCAGAUCUGUACCCUUA